AGUUUAAAAAAAAAGAAGCAACGAAAACAUCGGAAAUGGGCCAAACAGUGGUUGCUGAACAGAGAGAAGUACACUUAUGAAGUGUUAUUUAAUGAGCUCAGAAUGACUGAGCCGAAUGACUUUCGAAACUUUAUCCGAAUGGAUGCUGGAAUGUUUGAUGAACUCCUGGCUUUGGUUGCUCCUCAGAUUGAGAGAAAGGAUACUAUUAUGCGAGAUGCUAUUCCUGUAAGUCAACGUUUAUCGAUAACUUUACGGUACCUCGCAACAGGAAAUACAUUCGAAGAUCUUAAGUUUUCUGCUGCCGUUUCACCGCAAUCAAUUGGCCACAUUGUUAUAGAAACCUGCGCGGCUCUGAUUAACAGCCUCAAGGAAUACAUAAAGCUACCAACAACAGAAGAAGAGUGGAAAGAAAUCGCACGAGACUUCAAUGACCGGUGGAAUUUUCCGAACUGCUUGGGAGCGGUAGAUGGUAAACAUGUUGCGAUAAAGAAACCUCAUGGCUCUGGAUCACUUUACUUCAACUACAAGAAAUUUUGCAGUAUUGUGAUGAUGGCAGUAGUGAAUGCUAAUUAUGAGUUUAUCAUGGUCGACGUGGGAAUCAAUGGAAGAAUAUCGGACGGCGGUGUCUUCAAUUACACAGAAUUUGGAAGAGCAUUCUCUAACAAAUUAAUUAAAAUCCCGGAAGCUUCACAAUUACCGAACAGUGAGAAACGGCUGCCAUUUGUUUUGUUGGGCGACGAUGCUUUUGCGAUGACGGACAAUUUCAUGAAACCCUACCCUCUAGCAGAAUUGUCAUUGGAUAAAAGAAAUUUCAACUAUCGAUUAAGCCGUGCACGUCGUGUUGUAGAAAAUGCCUUUGGUAUUUUGGUCAGUAGGUUCGGCUUAUUUCAGAAACAAAUAUCACUGUCCCCUGAAAAGGCUGAAAUUCUAGUUAUGACUUGUUGUUAUUUACAUAACUAUAUACGAAAACGACAACCACGAACCUACAUUACUAGGAGUGAUGUAGAUGAUGAAGAUUUACAAUCCGGAACUCUCACAAGAGGAUCAUGGAGAAAAACGGUUGCGAAUGAAGGAACACCUCUUCAGGCUACUGUGUCCAGAAAUGCACCAUCAAGUGCAAAGAUUGUGAGAGACACCUAUUGUCAUUACUUCAACAAUGAAGGACAAUUAUCAUGGCAAUUGAAAGCAGUUUCAUGAAGUGAAGUGGUUUUUCCCGUAACACCCACUUUUAUAACAAGAUGAUUUUUAUUGUAAUUCAUUGUAUGAUUCUUAUUCACGAUACCAUGUAACUAUAAUUAAAAAUGGAUACAAAAUAAAAAUAAAGGACUUACAUUGAUCUCUGUAGAAGCUCCUCCAUAAUUUAUAUUGUCAAUGACCUCGAUCCCUGCAUCUUCACAAUAAGUGUGUCCAGAAUCUAGAACCGGGUUCAUCGAACUGAUUGAAGCGGUUGGUGUUUCCUGGUUCUGAAGAAAUCUCAUUUGUUCGAAAUACCACAGCGUGGGUUCAACUUCCUCUGCACCUGCACCACUUUUUUCUGCGUCUCGAAUCCUCUUCAGCUCUUUCCGGAAGUUGGUCCGCAAAGAAUUAAUUUUUUUUAUAACAUCUUGUUUGUCGGCAUCGGGAGCAUUUUCUCUGUAUUUCUCUAUCAGCACGUCAUACUGUUCAAUUUUCUUUAGACGGUUUGUGUAAUCCUUGCACUUGAUGUCCCAUAAUGCCGGGAGUGAACGGUAAACCUCGAUAAACUCGAGAAUAAAUUGCCUGUCGGCGUUUUUGACGGCCAUCGCGACUCACACGUCCUCGAAAAAAAGUCCGUGAAGUUUUUUAUGAGAACACUCACUUUACACUCUAGACGAUGCAAAUGUAAACAUAAACUUUAACAUUCAUUGACACCAAUUGCACAACGUCGCCCGUAGACCAUGCAAUAUUAUGAGCGUUGCACAAUAAAUAUCUAAUUUUUUUGAUAUCAUACAAUAUAUUGUACAACACUUCAAUAUCAGAAACAAACGUUCAAUUUUAUUUCACAACCUCCUGUGUU